CACCACUGUUGAGCUGUCACUGUCAGCUUUCAGAGAAAAGUGCUGAAAGUACCAAUAAUAAUUGAAUAAAAUAAUUUUUCGAUCGCAGCAAGUUUACUUUUAUUUUCGUGAAUAAUGGCUGGUGCUUUGGCACGUAUUAACUACUUUCCGAAGCAUCAAAUCGGAAAUGUUACCACUCCAUUAUUCGGUAGUCAGAUAGUGAGAGCCAAUUCAACUCCAGCUGGUACACCACCACCACAAACAAAAACCGUAUUUGGCCCACUUGCCGACCAAGAUAGAAUUUUCACGAAUCUUUAUGGGCGUCAUGAUUGGCGUUUGAAAGGUGCAUUGAAACGUGGUGAUUGGUAUAAAACAAAGGAAAUCGUAUUGAAGGGAGCCGAUUGGAUCGUCAAUGAGGUCAAAGUAUCUGGUUUGCGUGGUCGAGGCGGAGCUGGUUUUCCAAGCGGAAUGAAAUGGUCAUUCAUGAAUAAACCAUCCGAUGGUCGUCCAAAGUAUUUGGUUGUGAAUGCAGAUGAAGGUGAACCAGGAACGUGCAAAGAUCGUGAAAUAAUGCGUCAUGAUCCACACAAAUUGGUCGAAGGAUGUUUGAUUGCGGGUCGUGCAAUGGGAGCCAGAGCCGCAUACAUUUAUAUCCGUGGUGAAUUCUACAAUGAAGCAUCAAAUAUGCAAGUGGCCAUUGCUGAAGCCUAUCAAGCUGGUUUGAUUGGUAAAAAUUCAUGUGGAUCUGGUUAUGAUUUUGAUGUGUUCAUGCAUCGUGGCGCUGGUGCAUAUAUUUGCGGUGAAGAAACGGCAUUGAUUGAAUCAUUGGAAGGUAAACAAGGUAAACCACGUCUCAAGCCACCUUUUCCAGCCGAUGUUGGUCUCUUCGGAUGCCCUACAACUGUAACAAAUGUUGAAACUGUUGCCGUCGCUCCAACAAUUUGUCGUCGUGGUGGGACAUGGUUUGCCAGUUUUGGUCGUACACGUAAUUCUGGCACCAAAUUAUUCAAUAUCUCUGGACAUGUGAAUAAACCGUGCACAGUUGAAGAAGAGAUGUCAAUUCCAUUGAAAUUGUUGAUCGAAAAGCAUGCUGGUGGCGUUACCGGAGGUUGGGAUAAUUUAUUGGGUGUAAUUCCGGGCGGUUCGUCGACGCCAAUUAUUCCGAAGAAAGUGUGUGACGAUGUAAUCAUGGAUUUUGACGGUUUGAUCGCCGCUCAGACAUCAUUAGGAACAGCUGCUAUCAUUGUUAUGGAUAAGUCAACUGAUGUUAUUAAAGCUAUAUGUAGAUUGAUUGAUUUCUAUAAGCAUGAAAGUUGCGGACAAUGUACACCAUGCAGAGAGGGAAUUGGCUGGAUGGAUAAGGUUAUGCAUCGAUUUGUUAGCGGAAAUGCUCAACCAGCCGAAAUUGAUAUGCUGUGGGAAAUUUCCAAACAAAUUGAAGGUCACACAAUUUGCGCAUUGGCUGAUGGUGCUGCAUGGCCUGUUCAAGGUUUGAUACGACAUUUCAGACCAGAAAUUGAAGCCCGAAUGAAGCAAUACGAAGAGAAACGUGUUCGCGCCAAAAACUAAAAUUCUUGGACUAGAUAAGAUUUGAUUUUUUCCCCGAUUUUCUUAUUGCACCUUGAAUGUAUAUUUUAACUAUUGAGUUGUAAUAAAAUGCUACUCAUAGGCCAUAAGCACUAUGUAUUUUACAUUAAGGUGGAUUGAAAAUUUUUGGAAUACACACAGUACAGAUUGAUGUUAAUAUACUUACGAAAGGUUGGUGUAAAAAGUUUAUGAAAAUGAUGCUGAAAUAGAUUUAGAUAACACAAAAGACGAAUGUGUACAAUAAAAAAUCAAUAGCUAAUUUCCCCAUUCGCGAAAUCUGGGAUCUUACUUGGGAUCUAGGGAGAAUUUGUUCCAUCAUUCAAUAAAUUAUAAUUCAAAACUGUAUCAAACCACUAAACAAUUACUAUAAUCGACCAGUUAAUGUCAUUACGUACCGGAUUUGCUUAGAAGCAAAAAUCGAACUCAGGUACUGAAAAAAUCCGACCGCCACCACUGAUUAUCGACUUCAAUUCAGAUUGGUAUUCAUGUUUGAUCUUUAAUCAAAAGUCACUUUUUCACAAUCAAUACUUUUUCGACGACAGUCUCACUUAAGAAAUUGUCAAAAAUAUGCACACUUUCAAAUAAAAUAAACGUUUGAUUUUCUCAUUAACACAA